ACCGGAGUUGGGUGCUUGCUGUAUUGUACUGCGCAAAACCCAAAGUCCGGAUUUGUGCCUGACGUCAUGGGUAGCCAUUAGAUUCGUUCGUUGACAGUUGGGACACAGUGCGAAUUGCUAAAGCAUCAGCAUCCUCGUACCACGGCCGUACAAGCUGCAGAAACGAAAUAGAAAACAUGUCGAGUUGACCGUUAUCCAUCGCAAGGCCUGGUUUUUCUCAUAAACCGGCCCCGAAACGCACCGCAGUGAAGCAAAUAAUGCGUUGCGAAGUGAAUGGAUUAAUUGCUUUCUUGUGAAAAGGACGUUCUUGCUUGUCUGAAACAACCAUUCCAUCGUUCCGGCGACAACGGCAGCCCCUCGGGGCUUUUGGUAAAGCAGCAAGGACAAAAACUAAUCCGUGGAUCGAGCAGAGCUAGGCUAUAGUUGACACUGGCAUGGAACCAUAGAAAUAUCGAUAAUAAAAAUGGAAACGGAAUAGAGGGCUUCUUAAAAAUAUAUAAUAUUUUUUUAUGUUCAUUAAUUCAAGGUUUUAUUUUCUGUGGCAAUGGGAUCUUUGACCAGCAGACAGAAUGCAGGAGUGGAAGAGGUCGAUAUACCGUCUAACUCGGUAUACCGCUAUCCCCCUAAAUCUGGAAGUUACUUUGCUAGCCACUUCAUCAUGGGAGGAGAGAAGUUUGACUCCACCCACCCCGAGGGAUACCUGUUCGGAGAGAACACUGACCUGAACUUCCUGGGAACCAGACCAGUUGGGUUCCCAUAUGCAGCUCCUCCUCCCCAGGAGCCAGUGAAGACACUACGAAGCCUUAUAAACAUUCGUAAGGACACGCUGAGGCUUGUACGGUGUAGUGAAGACCUGAAGCUGCCAGGAGAGGAUGUGGCUGGGAAAAGCAGAGCUUGUUACAACAUAGAGUUCAUCUUUGAUGCUGACACACAGGUGGCAAUGACUAUCUACUAUCAAGCUGUAGAGGAAUUCCACAAUGGUGUGCCAAUUUACCUUCCUCAAGACGGGUCUCUGCAGUCAGAGACAGUCCACUUUAAGAGAGGAGUCUGUCAGCAGUUCUGUCUGCCCUCACAUUCCCUCAACCUGUCCGAGUGGGCUGAUGAGGAGUUGCUGUUUGACAUGGAAAAGGAUGUGUUUCCUAUGGUUGUUCACGCCACCGUGGAUGAGGGGGAUGAUCACAUGGGUCACUCCCAUGUCCUUCUGGCCACCUUUGAAAAGCACAUGGACGGAAGCUACUGUGUCAAACCUCUAAAGCAAAAACAAGUGGUGGAUGGAGUAAGUUACCUCCUUCAGGAGAUCUACGGCAUCGAGAACAAGUACAACAGCCAGGAAUCAAAGGUUGCAGAGGAUGAGAUCAGUGAUAACAGUGCAGAGUGUGUGGUGUGCCUGUCGGAUGUCCGGGACACACUCAUCCUACCCUGCAGACAUCUGUGUCUCUGCAACGCCUGUGCCGACACUCUCCGUUACCAGGCCAACUGCUGCCCCAUCUGCAGACUGCCAUUCCGGGCCCUACUGCAGAUCCGGGCUAUGAGGAAGAAGCUGAGCCCUCUGUCUCCUGCUGGGUUUAACCCGGUCAUCACCUCCCAGACCUCAGAUUCAGAGGAACACUCCGCCUCGGACCACAUCCCUCCAGGUUAUGAGGCCGUUUCCCUCCUGGAGGCUUUGAAUGGGCCUCUGAGUGUCUCCCCCUCGGCCCCCCCUCUUCAGGAACUCUCAGGGGGCCAUGUCUCUGGAAUCCUCCCCGCCUACAGCAGUGAGACCCGCCCCCCCCCAGCACGCUCCCCCCUGGACCACUCCAACUCCAGCCAGGGACUCAAACUGAAGAAGAGUGGGUCCAAAUCUCUCUCCCAGAAUUCUUCAAUGCUGCCAGAGGAGGAGGAUGAGAAGUCAGAGCAGAGUGAGUCAGAUGUUCAGGCUCGCCGAAAACAACAACCAGAGAAUGGUGUAACUCCAGAGAGUGAAAAUUUGACUCUAUCCUCAUCUGGAGCCAUAGACCAGUCGUCCUGUACUGGGACUCCUUUCUCCUCUACCAUCACCUCUCCUGAAGAUCCAGUGAGCAGUAGUCUGGCCCAGUCUGUCAUGUCCAUGGCUUCGUCCCACAGCCAACACUCCCAGAUCAGCACUGACACCAUGUCGUCCAUGUCUGGUUCCUACCUGGCUGGGCUGGAAGGGGUGGCAGGGGCCGAAGAGGGGGGUGAGGCAGAGGGGGAUGAAAUCCAGGACGCACCCAUGGAAAGCCGUGGACCCUCCCAGCAGGAUGGGGAGGAACCUAUAGAGCCAAAAGAACCAAACUUCUCAUUUGCAGUGUCAGAAGAGCGGGAUUCAGAGGGAAAUGAUGUCACAGAGGAAGACUGCCCCUCUCCUUCAGAUGAGAAGGGUGGGCGGAGCAGGUGUCCAGAGUUGGCCAAUAACAAUCAGGGCGUCGCCCUCUGCGACACGCCUUGUUUGGGGGGGCUGGACAAUGAGCAGGUCCCCGACAGCCGAUUCGCCGGUCGGAUGUUUCUUGGAGGCUAUCGGUCAAUGUUAGAGCCCCUCCCUCACCAUGUCUCGACCAGUAAUAUCAACCUGGAGGACCAAGGGGUAGAGAAGAGGGAUGGCCAGAGUCCAAGACACACCCCUGGCACACCACGCCAUGGACCACUCAUUCUAUGACCCGCCGAGUUCUGACCUUAUAACUGAAUUAUGUUUUCCCGCCACCUCAUAAUUCUGCCAGACUUCCAACAUUGUUCACCUUUCCUGAGGCAGUGUCCGUCUUGAACCAUCCGUCUCCUGUUUUUCCUCUAGGUUUAAGAGAAAGAGAAUGUACUGAAUCCAACCAGGAAGUCUUAAAAAAGAUUUAACCAACCCACAGUCUGAAAGGUUUCGGACCACACUGCCCUGCCACCUCCUUUCGUGUGAUAAUGGCUUUCUUGUAUUUUGUGUCAUUGGUUGCACCUCUGGGACUUCUCUUACUCCUACCAAUGAACCAAUCAGGGGUCUCUGAUCUAGUUCAUUGCAUUAUAGUGUUGCGCUAUAAUGACAACAUUCAACUUCACUAGAUUACCCGACUGGAAUCUCCUACUCCAUUCCACAAACCUGCAUUCUGUUCCUGGUUUUGCAAGCAGCUCCCUUAUCUCUCCAAUCACCGGUACUCAGCAGUGUUCUUCCACAACUACCUGUCUGUAUAGGAAAGUGAUGGGAACCUGUCUGUAUAGGAAAGUGAUGGGAACCUGUCUGGAUAGGAAAGUGAUGGGAACCUGUCUGGAUAGGAAAGUGAUGGGAACCUGUCUGGAUAGGAAAGUGAUGGGAACAUAUCUGGAUAGGAAAGUGAUGGGAACCUGUCUGAAUAGGAAAGUGAUGGGAACCUGUCUGGAUAGGAAAGUGAUGGGAACCUGUCUGGAUAGGAAAGUGAUGGGAACAUAUCUGGAUAGGAAAGUGAUGGGAACCUGUCUGAAUAGGAAAGUGAUGGGAACCUGCCUGAAUUAGACAGGCCUUUUCAGCUAACAGAGUUGCAGUGCAUGGUGGUGAAUUAGGGAUUUGAGUCCCUGAUAAUGUAUGAUAACAAUGGAGGAUGUGUAACAGAGUUGUUUUUGGGGUUAUAGACUAUAGUGGAAUGACCUCUGAACACACAACAGUUUUUUUACAUUUGGACUUGCUGAUCUAAAGAUCCAUUAAAGCAAUAAAGAUAUCUGUACAUAAGUAAACCCCACUCACACGCAAUAGACAAGCCUGAACCUUCUUCUCAUUUUUGUGAAUACCUUUAGAUUGUUUAAUUUGAUAUGACAAUGUUGUCCCAGGUUCUGUGUUUUAUUUGUGGUUGUUUAUUAUUUGGUUAUUAUGCUAAACUAAUAAUGGUUUUGAGGAGAAAAAACUACCAAAUGGGACAAUGGCACCAACACAGAAUACACUUCCAGCUGUUACCAGGGUUUGACACUUCCAGCUGUUACCAGGGUUUGACACUUCCAGCUGUUACCAGGGUUUGACACUUCCAGCUGUUACACAAUUUGCAGCGCAUGAGGCGAUUGUAAAGUAAAGCAUGGUAGUCUACUUCAGUCACCCCUACAGAAUACCAUGUGAUGUCCCUCUGACCUUUAGAGUCACCCCUACAGAAUACCAUGUGAUGUCCCUCUGACCUUUAGAGUCACCCCUACAGAAUACCAUGUGAUGUCCCUCUGACCUUUAGAGUUAGCCCUAUAUAAUACCAUGUGAUUUCCCUCUAACCUUUAAAGUUAACCCUACAGAACACCAUUUGAUGUCCCUCUGACCUUUAGAGUUAACCCUACAAAAUAUCAUGUGAUGUCCAUCUUAUGUCGCAUUUCCAUUGGUGCUCUACCCUAGUACCAGGGCUACAUUGGUGAUUUUUGCUAAUGUUGGUUCUAGACUUUUCUGUUUCCACUAUACAUUUGUUACCAAGGACUUAAGGAGGUGCUCAGGUGGGGAGGUAGGACUAAACUAUGAACGUGAUUUGUUUUUUCCGGUUCCGAAAAAUAAAAGGCGAUACUUUUCUGUUAGUAAAAUAAAAUAAACAAUAACGCCAUGCUCAAUUUGUUUACGGCGUUUGAACUUGAGUAAUAAAAUCAAUUACUCCACAAACUCCUGUGACCUGCUCUUUCUCCGCUUACACCCCAUGACGCUGCAACUGUAAGCCAGUGUAUUCAUUAUUUAGUUUAAUAAGUAUUUUGUCCAAACUAUUUACCUCUGAUUUGGCAGAAUUCUGAGAUAACUUUGCAUUGUUAUAUGUUCUAUUGAGUCAAUGGCAUCGUAUCACCUUUGGUGGUUCCAACUCUUUCUGUUGUUAGUCUUUGCAUCCCUGUACUGUUGCUUUAUUUUCUUUAUUUUAUCAGGGAUCUGUCUGUUAGAUCAAAUGAAAACCAUUACGAGAAGACCAAAGCAAACAAUACACAUGCCGCAUUUUCACAGCCCGUAAAGUGUCAACCCGCAAACCCUGGCACCAGUGGAAACAAGGCAUUAGUUCUGAUCUUUAGAGUUAAGUUUAACAUUACAGAACACCAUGUGAUGUCCGCCUGACUUCUGAUCUGUAGAGUUGGGGUUAACAUUACAGAAUACCACAUGAUGUCACACUGACCUUUAGAGUUAGGAUUUACCCCAUAGAAUACUACAUUUCAUGUCCGUCUAAACUUUAGAGUUAGGGUUAACCCUAUAGAUCACCAUUUGAUGUCCCACUGACCUUUCUGUGUUGUUGUUGUAUAGGUCACGUUUCUUAGCUUCACUGUCACUGAUUGACAGAUGUCAAUAACGUGAUGUUGUUAGUUAUAUACCUGUCCGGAUAGUCUAAGCACCAAACCAGAAGUGUUCAACUGAUCCACAACCAUUCAAUGUAUUUUACCUUUUGCAGAGCUAGCACACCUUAUUAGACGUCAAGCCCUUGAUUAGUGAAUCAGGUGUGCUUGUUUAGGGCUACAAAAACAUUUUGUAAUAUCUUGUGUUUCCUGAGAAGAUGGUUGAAGACCUCAGCUCAAAACUCAGCCAUUGUCUCCAAAUGGUGCAACUUUGACCAAUUCCCCAUAUGAUAAUAAUAUAAUACCUUAAAUUAUAUGAUGACCAGAGCCCUAUUCCCUGUAAAGGAGUAGUGAGCCAUAAUGUUGAAUACGGUGUAAUUUGUGAUCCAUAUAUUAUGUAGAAGACACAGGACAGAGGUCCUCUUCUUAUCCUGGUCUACAGGCUGUCCCCUUCAGCUCAUACACCUCUCUCACCAAGGGAACAUGGUUCACUUUUUUAGAAUUCUGAUUUAAAAUGUCAAUUACAACAAAAGAAAUAAAGAUUCUUUCCAACAAAAGUUA